GCAGUGUUUCAAGCCUCUAGUUGCAAAUAUAGAUCCUAUAGAUCUCCUAUAGACCAGGGACAGACACGCAGUGUUGGAAAUACACUACAAGCCCCAGCAUCUCCUGUGUUUUUAGGAUAUCACUAUAGAAACAUGCUGAAAUUCCACAGCUUUCUUAAGCUGCCUGGGUAGGAUUAGAUUGCCUGGGCUUGCACUGCAUCCGCAUCCCUUUCUGAUUUAGGGUCACUUGUAUCCUUAUUACUGAGGUCAUGCUAUACUCUGGCAUUGUCUGUGUCGGUGCCCAUUCCUCUAAGAGGUGGAUAUUUGCAUCAUCACCAGACCAAAAGCCCUUGCACAUCCAGUGUGUCUGGAUUGGCUGCAGUGGAAGAUCCGGGCUCCUGUAGAGUAGAGGCACCAAAACAGCAAGACCCAGAGCUCCCCAUCACUAAUUGUCCUAGAGUUAGCCUGUUCUUUAACUGGUGACGCCUGAAUGAAUUGAUGCUUGAGAGCAGGGCUCGCUCUCUCUCUGUCGGCUGUGGGCGGACUUGCAUUCAGAUCCUCUCCUCCUUAGAAGUGCAGGCAGAAGGGUUUUCUGUUCAUUCAGGAGAAGCCUUAACAUCUGCAGUACCAAGCAGCAAUGUGGCGCUUGGUAAAUACAUGAUCUGCAGGAGUCAACAUGAUCACCAGUCACAGGGCUUUGUACCCAACGCACUUCUUUUUGUGCUCUAUGGUGAAAUGCAUCUCCAACAGGAAGGCUAAGGUACAACCUGAAAGGCAGUAUGUGUGACAAUCUGGCAUUCCAAUAUGUCAUCUCUGUCUGAGGAAGGCAAGCUGGAUUAAUGGCUAUCAUCUGGCUAGAAGGGCCAAUGGAUGUAAGAUUGUAUUGAUCAUCAACUUUUAGUUGGUUUAGCCAUAAAAGAUCUAAAAGAAGAUCCUUUAGUAAAAGUUUAGCCACAAUCCUGGAUAUCAGUUGACCAUGAGGUGGCAUCUCUUGCUACUUCUUGUGAUCUGCCUAUAUCUUGUAGGCUUCCUGGACCAUUGUGAAGCUGUGGCAAAGACUAAAGGUAACAAAAAUGCAGGACCUGCCAAAAAAACUGCCAACCCCCCUAAAGGGAAGGACGUCAACAAUACAGCCGUGCCUCCGGUUGUCACCACCAGAAGGGUGAAACCUCCUGUUGUGGUAGCCUAUGACAAAUGCAUGGGCUACUACGAUGUCAGCGGUCAGUGGGACAAAGAGUUUGACUGCAACCACACUGCUUACCGGUACUGCUGUGGAACAUGCUCAUUCCGAUUCUGCUGUGACACAAAAACCAAGAGACUGGAUCAAGUUUCUUGCAAGAAGCCAGUGUGGACUGCAACCACCAGCACUGAUGUCAUUGAGUCCAUGGAGGAAGAGGCCUACGACCCUCGCAAUGACAAGACCAACACAACUGUAUACAUCACAGGUGGCGUGAUCGCAUUCAUUUUUAUUCUGGGGGUCUGUGCCAAAAUAGCUUAUGACAAAGCAAGAAAUCCUCCCCGGGAAAUGAACAUUCACAGGGCUUUGGCGGAUAUUUUGAUACAACAAGGACCGAUCCCCAUACCACACUGCGAGAGAGAGGCCAUUUCUGCUGUUGAUAAUUCCCCCAAGGAGAACACUCCCGCCAGAUCCUCGAAAAAUCACUACACACCAGUUAGGACUUCCAAGACCAACCAUGGAACAGCCUCGCGGCGUUUCUCCGAUGUUCCCACGAGCAUGGAACCACCAGCUCCCCUGAACACCAUAGGAGGACACUAUGGGAAGGAUAUAUAUCGUAGUGGAGGUCCCGAUCUUCACAAUUUUAUUUCCUCCGGCUUUGUGACCUUAGGACGAGGACAUGUCAAGGCCGGACCCCAAAACUUCACCCACUGGAGCCCUGAUGUCAUCAGAAGCUGCAAGAGAGAGAAGAGGAAGAAUCAGGAAGGAGCGGGAGACCAUCAGCAAAACUACAAUCACCUUGUUCUCAACAGUUCGUCCCAGACACCCACUAACGAGAAACCUCGGAUGAACAACAUCCUGACCUCAGCCACAGAGCCAUAUGAUUUGUCCUUCUCCAGAUCAUUCCAAAACCUCUCCCAUCUCCCACCAUCCUACGAGUCGGCCGUCAAGACCAAUCCAAGUAAAUAUUCCUCUCUGAAGAAAUUAACUGAUAAAGAGGCUGAUGAAUAUUAUACGAGAAGACGGCAUCUUCCCGAUUUGGCAGCCAGGGGAACACUUCCUAUUAAUGUUAUUAAAAUGACUCAGGACCAGUCUAACCACCGGGAAAGGCCAAGAAGGCCAGUACGUGCAAUGUCUCAGGACAGGGUUUUGUCUCCUGAAAGAGCCAUGCCUGAAGAAGGAUACGGAAUGCCCUAUGACCGAAUCCUAUCAGAUGAGCAGCUUUUGUCAGCGGAACGCCUUCAUUCCCAAGACCCUCUGCUUUCACCAGACAAGGCAAUGACGCUUAAAAGGUCAGAUUUUCAAGAAAAGUCGAUGUCAAGAGCCAUCUCCCAAACAGAUGUCUUUGUUUCUACUCCUGUCCUGGAUCGCUAUAGGAUGACAAAAAUGCACUCUCAUCCCAGUGCCUCAAAUAACUUGUAUAAUACAUUGGCUGCGAACCAAACCGCAGCCAAACGGCAGGCCUUUGCAUCCCGACGACACAACACGGUGGAGCAGCUGCAUUAUAUUCCAGGACACCACCAACAGUACCGCACAGCUAGCAAAACAGAAGUGACAGUUUGAUAGGACAUUGCAGACUUAAAAUUAUCCUUACAGACUGAAGAAGUCCAUGGACAACACAUGUCAGUGGCCUUGUAGGCCAAGAAGACCUCUUACAUCCCAUUGGUCAUUCCAUGUUCAUUCCUUGUUGUAUUUAUAUUAAAAGAGAACCCAUGAGGAUUUUUGGAAGAGAAUGUCUUAACCUUCAUAUAUUGGACAAAAAAAGGGUCAGAUGUUUUUUUUUACCCUUAUCAUUCAAGGGCUUUUUCCUGCAUUGACUCAAAUACCAACCAGCUACAGAACAAAACAAAUCAUUCUUUGCAGGUUGCUACAGAAGAAUACUAAGUGCCCAGAAAAAAUAAAAAACAAUUCAUCAACAGUAAUAUUUAGCUAAAAACAUUACGAUUCUUGAUGGCCACUGGACAAAACUUGUAGCCCACAUCCCUGCCAUGACCAAACUUAGAUUACAUAUAUCUCUUUGCAUUUCUUUUUUUUAUGCUGCACCUGGCAUUAUUCAAUGGAUAUCCUGCAUUAACAGCAUUUUUCUUGUGGAGGUCAUGAACAGCUCAACGUUGUGAUCAAGAUGACUUAAAUUGGAGUAGGGUAAUAGUGAAAAAAAGAAAAUAUACUAGUGCCUAUUAAUCGUCUUUAAUGUAGGAAUUAGUGUGUGUUUCUCAAUAAGCACAAUACUACUAAUCCAUCUCAUUGUACUUUCAUUCUAUUUUUACAGAAAUCUGAGUUGUAGAUAGACUUUAAGUAGGAAAAUAAAACAGUUCUCAAUGUUGCAGCUCAGCUUGUUGCCAAUAUACAAACACGGCGUAAGUAAUGUAACACUACAUACAUCAACCCCCAAAUACAGUGAUUUCAUAUUUGUUUUUUUAUUUGUACAAUGUUUUCCCAUCAUUGAAACCCCUAAAGCAGCUUUUCAAAGAACCCUAUCGAAAGCCUCUAUCUGAGGUCUGAAGGGAUCUUUAUCCCCACCACGCAGAACUAGGACUACAAUUUUCAACUUCCCAUUACCCUCAUUGAAGGAGAAGCUAGCAAAGCAGUUUAUUGCCAAUAGAUUAGCCACAAUAAUGCAAGCUAUAAGACUAUAUUUAUUCUGUAGAAUGCUUU